AUGAGUUCGGACACAGAAUCUCCAAUAUUUCGAAGAAGAGAAUCUAGACGAGAUUCCACUCUUUCGCAAAUAACUGGAGCUAUUGGAGCCAACCAAAACCUAUAGGUUCUUAAUGAUCGUAAGGUCCUCCUGCUCUAUGCUUCAGGAGCAACAGCAGCAGAAGGUGAACUUAAUGAAUAACACAUGACUGUUGUCAAAGGAAGACUAGAAUAACGAAUGAAACACAUAUCCUUUCUUUGUGAUCUGGAAUACACACAAUAUCACAACUAAGAUGGUUGCUUGACAACACCCGUUUCUGAAUAUGGAAGAAGGACAGUUUAUAAGGUGAUGGAGCUUGAUUAAAUUACAAACUCAAGAUAAACUUCCUAUGCAGAUAUCAGACACAUUGCUGAGAUAAUAAAGGAAAACUAUGAGAAAUUUAGUGCAUUUGUAAUUCUAAGCGGAAUUGCAACAAUAACUUAUCUUGGUACCAACCUGUCUUUUAUGCUUGAAAACCUAUAAAAAACAGUUGUUAUCACAGGUUCCUUGAUUCCCUUGUCCUUUAUGCGUAAUGAUGCCUUCCAAAAUAUCCUUGACUCUCUGAUCUUGGCUGGACACUUUCUCAUCCCAGAAGUGCUUAUCGUUAUGGACCACAGCUUAUAGAGCCAACAGAUGUCGAUAAUUGAAAUGUGA